AUGGCCUUCCAAUCCGCCCCGCAACCCCUCCCCCCAACCACAAUCCACCGCUCCAGCUCAAAAACCCACCGCAUCUCCCCCUCAGUCGCCCACGACUUUCUCUCCGCCUACCUCGACCGAGCCGCCACAGACCCCAGCCUACAACCCGACUCCGCCCUCUCCACUCACGGGCCCGUCUCCGCAAACGCAGGCUCCGCGCCAAACCUCGUCAUCCACAAUUUGAAGCGCGUCCAGGCGGGAUUAGCGGGGGAGGUACUGGGGAGGGAUUUGACACUUGCGAGGUUGGAUGGGGAGGGCGGCGGGCCGGUAUUUGCGUUGAAAUCACGAGAGGUUGGAGGGGAUGGAGAAGAUUGGGGUGGGGACGGGAGGAGAGAUUGGAAAGAGGCGGUGGAUAAUGGGUGGCAAGAUUUGGAGAUCUAUGAGCGGGCGCAGGAGGUUAUGGACGUUGGGGAGGGGGAGGGGGAUGAGGGGGAUCAGGCGCAGAUGUCGAUGCAAAUGCAGAUGGAUACUGAUCAAGGUUUUGAGGCUGGGGUUGGACAAGAGACGGGCGUGAUUGAUAAGGAGGAGCGGAAGAGGAAGAAGAAAGAGAGGCGGAAGGAGGAGAAGAGGGCUAAAUCGAAGACUACGACUACAGGGUGA